GCGGGCCGGCAAUGGCGGAGGAGGCGGCGGUGCGGGCGCAGGCGGAGGCGGUGCGGCGGCUCAAGCAGGAUAAAACCGAUCCCGACGAGAUCGCCAAGGAGGUGGCAAAACUGCUGGAGAUGAAGGCACAACUAGGGGGAGAUGAGGGGAAACACAAGUUUGUGCUCAAGACCCCAAAGGGCACGCGGGACUACAGCCCUAAGCAAAUGGCCAUUCGUGAGAGAGUCUUCAAUGCAAUCAUCACCUGCUUCAAGCGCCACGGAGCAGAAGUCAUUGAUACGCCAGUGUUUGAGCUGAAGGAGACGCUGACGGGGAAAUACGGUGAAGACUCUAAGCUCAUCUACGAUCUGAAAGAUCAAGGAGGAGAGCUGCUGUCCCUGCGCUAUGACCUCACAGUGCCCUUCGCUCGCUAUUUGGCGAUGAACAAGAUCACCAACAUUAAGCGGUACCACAUCGCUAAGGUCUACAGGCGGGACAACCCGGCCAUGACAAGGGGCCGCUACAGGGAGUUCUACCAGUGUGAUUUUGACAUCGCUGGCCAGUUCGACCCGAUGAUUCCCGAUGCCGAGUGCCUGAAGAUUGUGCACGAGAUCCUGAGUGACCUGCAGCUUGGGGACUUUCUUGUUAAGGUCAACGAUCGGCGCAUCCUUGAUGGGAUGUUUGCGGUUUGUGGUGUCCCAGACAGCAAGUUCCGAACAAUCUGCUCCAGUGUUGACAAACUGGAUAAGAUGCCAUGGGAAGAAGUGAAGAAUGAGAUGGUAGGAGAGAAGGGGCUCUCUCCUGAGGCUGCGGAUCGCAUUGGGGAGUACGUCCAGCUUCAUGGUGGCCUGGAGCUGAUCGAGCGGCUUCUGCAGGACCCCAAGCUGUCCCAGAACAAGCUGGCCAAGGAGGGGCUGGGGGACAUGAAGCUGCUGUUUGAGUACCUGACCCUGUUUGGCAUCACGGGGAAGAUCUCUUUCGACCUGAGCCUGGCGCGAGGUCUGGACUAUUACACGGGGGUGAUCUUUGAGGCUGUCCUGCUGCAGCAGGAGAACGACCAUGUGGAGGAGCCAGUCAGCGUUGGGAGCGUGGCUGGAGGCGGUCGCUACGACGGGCUGGUGGGGAUGUUUGAUCCCAAAGGACGGAAGGUGCCCUGCGUGGGGGUCAGCAUUGGGAUCGAGCGGAUCUUCUCCAUCCUGGAGCAGAGAGUGGAGGCCUCUGAGGAAAAGAUCAGGACAACAGAGACACAGGUGCUGGUGGCCUCUGCCCAAAAGAAGCUCCUUGAAGAGCGGCUGAAGCUCAUCGCCGAGCUGUGGGAUGCUGGAAUCAAGGCAGAAAUACUGUACAAGAAGAACCCCAAGCUGCUGAAUCAGCUGCAGUACUGUGAGGACACGGGCAUUCCCCUUGUUGCCAUCGUGGGUGAGCAGGAACUCAAGGAUGGAGUCGUCAAGCUGCGGGUCGUGGCAACCAGGGAGGAGGUCAACGUUCGCAGGGAGAGCCUGGUUGAGGAGAUCAGGAUGCGAACGAGCCGGCCAUAA